AUGGCCGGCACUUUCCCAGAGCGCGCAUUUCGGGUGCUGGGCAACUCUUGGCACCGCCUACCAUCAUCCUACCGGACGCCAGUCAUCAUCACAUCUUGCGCUGCCCUCCUCAUCACACCAUUCGCCUGGAAGAAGCUCACCUAUACUCCAGAGCUGCUCCCUCCGGCCCCCAAAGACUACCAAUACCGCCUUCACCUCGUCGCCAAGGAAGGCUCGGCCGCGCUCACCCUCCCUGACGGCAGGAAGAUCGGUUACGCACAGUACGGGCACCCGAACGGCAAGCCGAUCAUCUCCCUGCACGGCAUCCUCGGCUCGAGACUGGAGAGCGCCCUCCUCGAUGCCGAUGCCAAGGAACUCGGAGCAAGGAUCAUCGCCAUCGAGCGCCCAGGUAUAGGCUUGAGCUCUCCAGAUCCGAGACCACUCAAGGAGAGGAAAGUGCUUGAUCACGCCAAGGAUGUAGAAGCACUCGCUAAGCACCUCCAGCUUCAAGAGUAUGCCGUCCUCGGAACGUCCGGGGGAGGCCCCUAUGCCCUAGCCUGUGCCCACUCCCUGCCGUCAUCCGCCCCGAAGCCGAGCCUCCGCGCCGUUGCGAUCGUGACGGGGCUGGGCCUCCCGGACAUGAGCCAAUCCUGGCCUGCACCCGUGGUGUUUUUGAACAAGCACCUGGAUCUCCGCUGGGCGAUGAGGUGGAUCUUCGCCCGGUCUCCCGCCUGGCAGCCGCAUCUUUCGGACGACGAGAAAAUGGAAGCCCUGCGACAGAGUUUCGACCUCAAGAAAUCCCACCCGGCGGACGUUUGGACGGCGAGGCGCGACGACUACCCUGAUAUGGUGCGACUCUUCCUCUGCUCCGCACAGGAGGCUGUGGCCCAGGGCUGGGACGGUUUCCUAGACGAGAGCAGGGUUCUUUCCAAGGAGCCGGGGUUCCGCGUAGAGGAUAUCCGUGCUGACCUGCCGAUACAACUGUGGUGCGGGACGGACGACACUAAUGUCUCGCCCAAGGCGGGUGAGGAGACCGCGCAGCGGCUUAAGGCUGGUGGCAAUACGAAGGUGGAGCUUCAUAUGAAGGAGGGCGAGACGCACGGGAGUACGCAGGUUAAGUAUCGGCGGAGUGUAUUGCAGGAUUUACUGAGGGCUAUGGAUUCCUAG